AUGUUUGCAGCAACUAGAGCAUUAUUCAGUGGUCUUGUAAACAAGCCAAUCAAGCAAUCACACACAUGGAGAAUGGGACAAAAGAAGAGAUUCACUAUGCAAAAAUCGGUAGAGGAUUUCCUUCGUCUUCAUAAUACUUGUCUCUCUAAACGUUUACCAAAACCAAGAAAAUGGACAGAGGAUGAUGUACCUUUACCAAUGUACAAGAGAGAUCAUUUAUUGUUAUUAGACAAGUAUGGUUAUGGUAACAAGUUGUACAAACAUUUACAAUCAUACGAAGGCAAAUAG